AUGGUGGAGGAGCAAACCUAUGGAGAGGUGAACCAGUUAGGCGGCGUGUUCGUCAAUGGCAGACCCCUACCCAACGCCAUACGGUUGAGAAUAGUGGAGCUGGCUCAGCUUGGGAUCAGACCCUGCGAUAUAAGCCGACAGCUCCGAGUCUCCCACGGCUGCGUGAGCAAGAUUUUGGCGAGGUACAACGAGACGGGAUCCAUCUUACCCGGUGCCAUUGGAGGGAGCAAACCACGGGUCACGACGCCUAACGUGGUGAAAAAUAUCAGGGAAUACAAACAAAACGACCCCGGGAUCUUUGCCUGGGAGAUCCGGGACAGGCUUUUAGCCGAUGGAGUUUGUGACAAGUACAAUGUCCCGUCGGUUAGCUCUAUCAGCAGGAUUUUACGCAACAAGAUUGGAAAUCUCUCCCAGCCCAACCAAUAUGAGAGCAGUAAGCAAGCUUCCAUGCAGGCCGGGCUCUCGUACAAUCACAUAUACCCUUAUUCCUACUCCAACACCAUGUCGCCCACUGGCACUAAAAUGGGCAGCCCUCCUGGAGUACCUGUGACGGCUGGACAUGUGAGCAUAUCCAGGGCCUGGCCUUCUGCACACACCGUCAGUAACAUCCUCGGUAUACGAGCCUUCAUGGAUCCUGCAGCCAUUGCUGGAACGGAGGGGUACCCACCAAAAAUGGAGGACUGGAGUAGCGUCAACAGAGCAGCUUUCCCCGCGGCACACACGGUCAACGGGAUUGACAAAUCAGCCAUUGACGCGGACAUAAAAUAUGGACAGCCAUCUUCGACACUGUCCAGUUAUGUCUCGGCGUGCGCUUAUUCCCCCACCAAUCAGUACGGGGUGUACAGCGGGCCAGCAGGCGGCUACGUAGCCCCGGGGCACCACCACUGGCAGCCGCAGAGCCCGGCCCUGUCCCACCCAGGCAGCGGGAUGAGCAUGCAUGCAGGGGAGAUCCACUCGCCGAUGGCCUUCAAGCAUCAGGCCCGAGAAGGAGAGAGAAAACCGCCCAGUCCCCUGAGCAAGCAACAGCAGCAGCAGCAGCAACAUGAAGACUUGAACAGUGUGCAUGGACUCAGUCUCCCUACCUCAUCAUCAUAA